AUGGGCUGCUGUGGCUGCGGUGGCGGCUGCGGUGGUUGCGGCGGUGGCGGCGGUGGCUGUGGCGGUGGCUGCGGCGGCGGCUGCGGCGGCGGCUGCACCACCUGCAGGUGCUACCGGGUGGGCUGUUGCUCGGCCUGCUGCCCCUGCUGCUGCGGCUGCUGUGGGGGCUGCUGCAGUACCCCCGUGGUCUGCUGCUGCCGCCGCUCCUGUCGCUCCUGUGGCUCGUGUGGCUGCGGCUCGUGUGGCUGCGGCGGUGGAAAGAGCUGUUGCCAGCAGAAGUGCUGUUGCCAGCAGAAGAGCUGUUGCAAGAAGCAGUGCUGCUACUAG